AUGUACACCUCCGCGCUCUUUCUCGGCGCUCUUGCCGUCUUCCUCGACACCGCAUCCGCCCAUGGCUUCGUCAAGGGUGUCAACGUGAAGGGAACCUUUACCAACGGCUCUGACCCAGUUUGGUACUACUAUGCCAAGGAUGCUCGUCCUCAAACUGCAGGCUGGGAUGCCCUGAACCAAGACAUCGGUUUCGUCGAGCCGAACUCCGUCGGCACUGCAGACGUGAAUUGCCACAAGAGCGCCACAGCUGGACGUCUCUAUGCCAAUGUCAAUGCCGGUGACACUAUCGAAUUUGAAUGGAGCACUUGGCCCGACAGCCACAAGGGCCCGAUCAUCAACUACAUUGCACCUUGCAACGGUGAUUGCACCACUUUGACACCAGGUGCUCUUCGCUGGUCAAAGAUUUCUCAGUCGGCUAUCAUCAGCCCCGGAACCUGGGUCACAGAUAAGCUCAUUACGGACAAGUUCAAGGUCUCUACUGUUCUUCCAGCCAAACUUGCACCUGGCAACUAUGUCAUCCGCCACGAGAUCAUUGCACUCCACGGCGGUCAGAACGUUAAUGGCGCGCAACUGUACCCUCAGUGCUUGAACCUCAAGGUUGGAGGUAGCGGUUCCGUUAAGCCGUCUGCUGGUGUUCCAGGUACUAGCUUGUACACAAAAGACAUGCCUGGCAUUGUGUUCAACAUAUACACCAACCCCACCACUUACACCUUCCCUGGUCCGGCUCUGUGGACUGCCGCUAACUAA